GAGUUUUCUCGAUUGGUGAGGUGCAACCUUUUUGGUUUACAGAUAACCUUGUGCGACAUCCAACCCCGUUUUUUUACAUGUUUGUUUCUCGUUUCUGAAUAAUGUCAAGAAGAAGUGGACGUCUACAAGCAAGAAAUGGAAAAAGCGAUGCAGAAAACGAGUGUCCGUCUACAGUUGCUACAAGGAAAAGAAAAGCCGAGGAAGUGAAGCCUGCCCAUGACAGUCAGUGGGACACGAAGAGACACAACUAUGAGAUCCAGGCCUGCUGGUCACAGAUAACGGCAGCUGAAGGGCCGACUCCUUGUAUCCUCAUUGAAACGCCACAAAAGGAAGUCUCGGUCCUGCCCGACUUAUCAAAGUUUGCACGAUACCGGUUCCAGAAUCUCUUCAUCAGUCCAUCUCCUUUGCCAGACCUCAGUUGGGGAAGUCCAAAUGAUGUGUGGCUGAAAAUGUUGAGUAAAGAGUCCAAAUACAUUCACACCAGCCGUUCACUACAAAACCACUCCACCCUUAAUCCAGACAUGCGCUCUAUCCUGUUGGACUGGCUCAUAGAGGUGUCUGAAGUGUACAGUCUGCACAGGGAAACCUUCUACCUCGCUCAAGACUUCUUUGACAGAUUUAUGUUGACGCAAAACUCUGUUAACAAAAGUAUGCUUCAACUGAUAGGUGUCACCUCCCUGUUCAUUGCAUCGAAACUGGAGGAAAUCUAUCCUCCCAAACUUCAUGAGUUUUCAUAUGUCACUGAUGGGGCAUGCAGUGAAGAUGACCUUAUUGAAAUGGAACUAAUAAUACUUAAGGCCUUGAAAUGGGAACUGAGUCCAGUGACUGCAGUUUCUUGGUUAAAUCUCUUCCUUCAAGUCUCCUCUCUCAAGGACUCCCCCAAGCUGCUAUUACCUCAGUAUUCCCAGGAACAGUUUAUUGAGAUGGCUCAACUUUUAGACUUGUGUAUGCUACACAUUACCUCGCUGGAUUUCCAGUACAGGAUUCUGGCAGCUGCAGCAUUAUACCACUAUACUUCAAUGGAAGUAGUCACCAAAGCUACAGGUCUGGAGUGGGAGAACGUUUCAGAAUGUGUUCGCUGGAUGGCACCUUUUUUCUACGUGGCACAAAGAAACCCUCCUUUAAAGCUAAAGAAUUUCAAGAAGGUUCCAGAAGAAGAUCGCCACAAUAUCCAGACUCACAUGACCUACCUUGACAUGCUGGAUGAUGUCAAAGUAAUACUGGAGCCUCUCCCAUCAGAAGGACAAUCCCCAGUGUCGGUCGGUGGUAUCUUAACUCCUCCUAAGAGUACAGAGAAGACUCCUGUAUAACAUUGGCAGAAUGCUCUCUAAAUGGACACUUAUUG